AUGAAUAUUAAUCAUAGUAAUAAUAAUAAUAAUGAAAACAAUAAUAAUAUAAAUAAAUUUAGAGGAUAUCCAGAUGAAUACCUUGAUUAUGGAUUGAUAUCACCAUCAAGAUAUACAGGUGGUAUCUCAACUUCAUUAUCACCAUCUUCUCAACAUAGUUAUGAGCGUGGUAUCAUGAAUAAGAAGGUACCAAAGAUCAUAAAAGAUGUCAUUCAUGGCCACAUGGAGAUACCAAUUGAAAUACAGGAUUUCAUUGAUUCCGUUCAGUUCCAAAGACUGAGAGAUCUCAAACAAGUUGGAACCACUUCAUUUGUAUUCCCAUGUGCAGCACAUCAUAGUGUUGAUAAAGGUGAUGAGUUCUUAACUAACUCUGACAUAUAUAUAACAUCGAACAAUACAAUUAGAUUCGAACAUUCACUGGGUGUAAGUCAUCUUGCAGGUAAAUUCAUCGAUCGUAUAAAGAAUACUCAGCCAGAGUUAGAGAUUACACACGACGAACAGAUUGCUGUUAGAAUAGCAGGUCUAUGUCAUGAUCUUGGUCACGGUCCAUUCAGUCAUGCCUUUGAAUCUUGGGUUAGAACAACUGGUAAACAAUUUCAUCAUGAAGAGAUGUCUGUGAAGAUGUUAAACUUUUUGAUUGAAGACAAAGGCUUGGAUCAAUAUGAUACGAGCGAUAUCAAGUUUAUUGAAAAUCUGAUAUCCGGUGACUCUACCUCGAAACCCGAUAGAAAGUUCAUCUUUGAUAUCGUUGCCAAUCAACGUAACAGUAUCGAUGUCGAUAAAUUCGAUUACCUAGCAAGAGAUUCCUAUUAUCUUGGUAGAGCAAAUAAUGUUGAUUUCACAAGAUUGAUAGAAUUUAGCAAAGUAAUUGAAAAUGAAAUAUGUUUCUGUAGUAAAGAGGUAUAUAAUCUUUAUGAAUUGUUCCAUGCCAGAUACAGUCUUCACAAGAUAGCUUACACCCAUAAAGUUGGUAAAGCCAUCGAAUAUAUGAUAUCGGAUGCAUUCAGUCUUGCAGAUCCAUACCUAAAGAUAUCCGAUCAAUUAGAGGAUCCAAGAGAAAUAGAGACGUCAAAGGAAAGAGAGUUGGAAGAAUCGCGAAAGAUCAUAAAGAAUAUUAGAAUGAGAAAUCUCUACAAGUUUGUCGAUGAGGUGAUAUUGCCGAGUGAACAACAUGCUCACACCAUUAAGAUGAGUUCGGAGCUGAUUGCCAAGGAGGGCACUGACAUCGAUGUCUCUGAUGUCAUCGUUGAGAAUCUCAACUUGAACUACGCAUUCAAGGACCAGGAUCCAGUGCAACACACAAAAUUCUACACGCGUUACGACAACACCAGAAAAUUCCAAAUACCAAAAGAACACAUCAGUCAUCUCAUUCCAAGUCAAUUCCAAGAGAAGAGAAUUAGAAUAUUCUGUAGAAACAAAGAAAAGUAUGAAAAGAUUCAAGAUGCAUUUAGAAAAGUAUUAAAGAAUUAUAAUAUACAACCAAAUCCAUCAAAUACUGUUAGCCCAAUGAAAAUACCACAAUAA